GUAAACAAAACAUUCGCGCGUUUUCUGCUUCCACGGCCAGCGCAGAUGAGCGUUUAGCUUUUGUGUUAGAUGCACUGCAAAUUUCCAAGUUGUAUAAAGAUUGUCCAAAGUUUUCCAAGCGUUGUAUAAUGUCCAACUUAAAGCCUCUACAAUGUCUCAACUUAGACAAACCGCAGCAGAGGACUUUCAUCGAAUUCUACAAAUCAUUGGGAGAAAAACCAGCUACAACGGUGCGAAUAUUUGACCGCUCUGAUUACUACAGCUGCCAUGGCGAAGAUGCGACCUUCGUUGCAAAAAUAGUGUUCAAGUCUACGAACGUGGUAAAAAUCAUGGAGAUAGAUGAUCUGCAGCUGCCAUAUCUUUCGUUAAGCAAAAACAAUUUCGAGGGUCUCAUACGAGAGCUGUUGCUUGUGCGCAACUAUCGUGUAGUGGUUUUUACAAAACCACUGAAAAAGAAGCUGGAGAACGAAUGGGUGGUCCAGUACAAAGGAUCUCCAGGCAAUCUGGCUCACUUCGAAGAUGUCUUGUUCAAUAACAACAACGAAAUGGUUAAUGGAUCAGCUUUGAUUGCUGUGCAAGUUAACCUGGAAUUGAAGCAGCAAAUGGUUGGGCUGGCAUUCGUCGACGUGAACGAGAGGCGAAUGGGCGUGAUUGAGUUCGUCGACGACGAUUUCUACACUGAGCUGGAGGCUCUCAUUGUGUUGCUAAGCCCUAAAGAGUGUCUGCUUUCCAACGCUGCGGCAAAGCAUGAACGCAUCGAACAAAUAAUGAAAAGAAAUAAUGUGAUCAUUACACUCCGCAAAGCGAAAGAGUUCAUGGUGGAUAAAGUCGAUAUUAUGGAAAGUUUGAACAAAUUGCUUCGCUUCCGAGAAGGACAGCAGCAAAAUGCGAACACCAUUCCUGAGGCGUCAAAGGCUAUGGCGAUCAGUGCGCUUGCUGUGGCUGUAAAUUAUCUUGAGCUUACCAGUGAAAAUGGCAAUCACGGCCAGUUUCACCUCAGCUCGCUUGAUUCAAACCGUUUCGUACACUUGGAUGCGGCAGCAGUAUCUGCACUGAAUCUUUUUCCCAAACCGGGAACAACAAUUAAAUCGAGCACAUACCGGUGGCAAAGUGUGCUUGGUGUGCUAGAUCGGUGCCGUACACCCCAAGGCCAUCGUUUGAUGGCACAAUGGAUUAAACAGCCGCUGCGAGACUAUGAACUUAUUAAGGAUCGUCACGAAAUUGUCGAGUAUUUUGUCGACAAUACGACGGUGCGCACGGCACUCUACGAUAACCACCUGAAGAAGCUGCCGGACAUAAUGUUUGUGCUGAAGCGCUUGUUGCAUCGAAAAGCAUCAUUGCAGGAUAUUUUUCGCUUGUACCAGGUGGUACUACGAAUCCCAAGGAUGCUAACGCUACUGGAUAUGAAUGAUACGAGAAACGCAGCUGUGCUUACCAACAUAUAUAACCCGAUCAAGGAUAGUUUGGCGGAUUUGAAGUUAUUCAAAUCGAUGGUUGAACAAAUCAUAGACUUGGAAGCGGUCGAGCAAGGCGAAUAUCUCGUGAAAUCGGAUUUCGAUAGGGAACUGCAGGAGCGCAAACAGGAAAUGGAUGAAAUCCAUUCGAAAAUGAAACGCCAUCUUGCGGCGGUUGCAAAGGACAUUGGGUUAGAGGCCGGCUCGUCUAUCAAGCUGGAGUUUGUAAGCCAGCAUGGAUUUCAUUUCCGGAUCACGCUCAAGGACGAAACCUUGAUUCGGAAGAACAAUUCCUAUCGCAUUCUCGACGCCAUCAAGGGAGGUGUACGAUUUACUACGAACAAACUGCACGACUACAGCGAGACGUUUGCUACUCUCAAGAGUGCUUACGAGGAACAGCAACAAACAAUAGUGGCAGAGGUGAUACGCGUCGCAAUCGGGUACAUAGAACCUUGGACGAUGCUCAACAACCAGAUAGCGCAGCUAGAUUGCUUGGUCAGCUUUGCCGUUAGUGCUUGUACCGCACCGAUUCCCUACGUGCGACCAAAAAUGCAAAAGGAUGGGCCACGCGUGUUGAAACUUUCGCAAAUUCGACACCCAUGCCUGGAGCUGCAGGAAGAUGUAAACUUUAUUGCCAACGAUGCUCUGUUCAACGCCGAAGAUUCAUCAAUGUACAUUAUCACGGGGCCCAACAUGGGAGGUAAAAGCACCUACAUACGAUCGGUAGGGGUUGCAGUAUUGAUGGCGCAUGUCGGUGCAUUUGUACCGUGCGAGAGUGCAGAAAUGUCCAUUGUGGAUUGUAUCUUGGGUCGAAUCGGCGCGGAUGAUAACUUUACAAAAGGGCUUAGCACAUUCAUGGUGGAAAUGAUCGAGACGGCCGGAAUUAUUCGUAAAGCAACGGAAAAGUCUCUUGUCAUCAUCGACGAGCUCGGACGCGGAACAUCAACGUACGAGGGUUGCGGCAUCGCGUGGUCUAUUGCUGAGUGGUUGGCUAAAGAAAGCAAAUGCUUCACGCUGUUUGCUACGCACUUUCAAGAAAUAACUGAUCUUGCCACCUACGUACCGAAUGUGAAAAACAGCCACAUGGAAGCUAUCGUCGACGGAGAACGAAUGACCUUGUUGUAUCAGGUAAAGCCGGGUGUGAUGGAGAAAAGCUUCGGAAUACAGGUCGCCAAAUUGGCCAACUUUCCUCCCGGUGUCAUUAAGCUUGCUGAAAAAUUCUACAAGGAAUGCGAAGAUCAUCGAGGAUCGCUUAAAGAGCAACAGGAUGCUGAUGGUCUGAAAGUGUUACAAUCUUGUUUUGAUCAAAUCGACAAUUUUGAUUGUGACAGUGACACUUUUUCAUUGUCUUCGGAUGCUUUGCAAGGUUUACAAUAUUUGCUUAAUUAAAUGUAUGGAAUGUCAUUCGCAGUUGGAUGGUGAACAUUCUCGAUAUGAAUAAAACUCAUCAAACUGAAUUCGUUCGAAGAUGUGUAA